AUGAUUACUGUUCCCCAAGGAGAAAGAUUAGAAUGUUAUAAAAUUGAUGGCCAAUAUAUAGGGACACUCACACUUAAUAAUACUAAACCUAACAAGUAAUAAAAUAUAUUAAAAUUUAAGCUGUUGUGGUUUCAAAAUCAGAACUAACAAUACUUAAGAUAUAUAAGUAAUGCCACAUAUUGGAUCAUUUACAGGAUAAUACUUUAAAAUUAUCGUUAAAUGUUAAAAAUUCUAAUGUAUUUAUACCUUAUUACAAUCUUAGCCAAUUCAAAAUUACAAAUUCUGACUGUGGAUUUAUCUGAUUAAAAUUUCAAUAAAACAGAUGUUAAAUCUUUAGCCUCUUAUUUUGAUUCUUAUUCCAAUAACUCAUUUGUUCAAAAAAUGAAAAUAGAAAUAAUUACUAUCGAUUAAAAUUAAAUAACUAAAUAAUCUAAUACUGUUAAUUAAUCAAUCUCAUUAAAUAAGAACAUAGAAGAAAGUAUAAAUAAUUAAUAAGAUUUUACUUAUGAAUAAAAUGCUUUGUUAAAAAAGAGUGAAUAAAUAAAACAAUAACCUAUUAGAAAUUCAUAUACAAAUUCUGAUCCACAAUAAAGUGUUAGCAGAGUAUCUGCUUCUGAAUAAAGAUUUCUUACAUCAACUACGUUUUAAUAAGUUAAAUAAACUUCAUCUAAACAAUCAUCCAAUUCAUAAAAUAAUUUUCAACUUGAUUAUCCUCCCCCAAAACCCUAAUCAUAUCCAUAUUAACCUUAACAACCAAAAGUUCAUAAUUACUAAGAAAAAGAUUUUGAAGAGGACCAUUAAAUCUAAAAAUUAAAUCUUAAAAUACAUUAAUUAUAAAUAGAAUACAAUAAAGAAUCUGAAGAAUUAUAAAAUAUUGAAAAACAAAAAACAUUAUUAUUAUCAUAAGAAUCUGAUUAAAAUUAAGGUUAAAUCUAUGUAGGUGUAUAACACAUAUUUUUUUCAGCUUUAAUUUGUUUUUUAAUUGGUUAUGUAGCAACAAAUUGA